GUUCACGAAGAACAGGAGAACGUUUCCUCCACAUGUCGUAUCUGCUGGAGUGUGUCUAACUCUUGAGUAUUUACACUGCGAAGAAAAUGCGAAUAAAAAAAGGGAAAGAGAAGAAAAAGCUUCCUCAAGACCCAGUUAAGGAUUUUGAGAAAUGGAAAAAGAGGCAUGACAAAAGCAAGAAAAAAACAAAACAGCCGAAGAAGAAACGCGAGUGGGAGACAGAAAGAGAAAACAUCCAGAAGCUGGUCGCUAAAUACACACAGAUAAAUCCAAAAGAAGCUGUGAAGUUCUCUGAUUUUCCACUCUCAAAGAAGACUUUGCAAGGUUUGCAAGAGGCUCAGUAUCGGCAGCCCACGGAGAUCCAGAGACAGACCAUCGGCUUUGCUCUGCAGGGAAAAGAUGUCUUGGGUGCUGCAAAAACCGGCUCAGGAAAAACUCUUGCUUUCCUCAUUCCUGUGCUGGAGUGUCUGUACCGUAACCAGUGGACAGCCAUGGAUGGUCUCGGUGCGCUUAUAAUCUCUCCCACUCGAGAGCUGGCUUAUCAGACGUUCGAGGUGCUGAGGAAAGUGGGGAAGAACCAUGAGUUCUCAGCUGGCCUUGUUAUUGGUGGAAAGGACCUCAAGGAUGAGUCACUGAAGAUUCAUCGCACAAACAUCAUCAUCUGUACACCAGGACGUCUGCUGCAGCACAUGGACGAAAAUUGCACCUUCCACGCCUCAGACCUGCACAUGCUCGUGUUGGAUGAAGCUGACAGAAUUUUAGACAUGGGCUUCGCCGACACACUCAACGCCAUUGUGGAGAACCUUCCAAAAACCAGACAGACGCUGCUGUUCUCUGCCACACAGACCAAGUCUGUGAAAGACCUGGCCAGACUCAGCCUGAAGAACCCCGAGUAUGUGUGGGUUCACGAACAGGCCAAAUUCAGCACUCCAGCUACUCUGGAGCAGAGCUACGUAGUGUGCGAGCUGCACGAGAAGGUCAACAUGCUCUUCUCUUUCUUGAGGAGUCACCUGCAGAAGAAGAUUAUUGUCUUUUUCGCUUCCUGCAAAGAGGUGCAGUACCUGUUCCGCGUGUUCUGCCGGCUGCGGCCCGGUAUCUCGGUUUCGGCCCUGCACGGAAAGCAGCAGCAGAUGAAGCGGGUGGAGGUCUACAACGACUUUGUCCGCAAGAAAGCUGCUGUCCUUUUCGCAACCGAUAUCGCUGCAAGAGGACUUGACUUUCCUGCUGUGAACUGGGUGAUUCAGUUUGACUGCCCGGAGGACGCCAACACAUACAUCCACAGAGUCGGCAGGACAGCCAGGUAUAAGGAGGGAGGAGAAGCCCUGCUCAUACUACUGCCCUCAGAAGAGAAGGGCAUGAUUGCUCAACUUCAGGAGAAAAAAGUCCCCAUCAACAAAAUCCAGGUGAACCCAGAGAAGCUGACGUGCGUGCGGCAGAAACUGGAGGCCUUCCUGGCCCAGGAGAAGGAGCAGAAGGAAAGAGCUCAGAGGUGUUUCGUGUCUUACCUUCGCUCCGUCUUUCUGAUGAAGAACAAAGACGUCUUUGAUGUGUUUCAGCUGAAGCUCCCAGAAUAUGCCACGUCUCUGGGUCUGGCUGUUCCCCCACGAGUUCGUUUCCUGAAUAAAGCUCAGAAACAGAAGGACGAGGUGAUGCAAGAGAUCAGCACUGCAGCUGGCGCUGACUCUGAUGAGGAACUAAAGCGCUUUAAAGCCCAGUUCAGAAGAGACCAAAGCAGCAACCAUGACUGUCAGUCUGAAGAGGAGGAGAGUGACGUGGAAGAAGAGCAGGUGAAGUUUGGAGGCCAGCUCUGCAGUGCUGAUGAUGAGGAUGAAGAUCUGGACCUGCUGACAGUUAAACGGAAGGAUGUGUUUAAUGUCCGUGAAGACAGGGAGAAGGAAGGAGAGGAUCCCAAGGCUCAGAGCAAGAAAGUGUCCAAGUUUAAGGAAGCAAAGAAAGCACAGAAGAGAAACUUCAAGGUGAACACCAAGAAGGUCUUCACUGAGGAUGGAGAGGAGGUGCAGCAGUGGCCUCCGCUACAGAGGACUGUAGUGCCAGAUGACGAUGACGACGAGGACACAACAGGCAUUAAUGUGGAAGCAGCAAAAGAACGACUGCGCAGGGAGGACCAAGAGUUUGACAAGAAGGAAUAUAGCCGGAAGAUUAAAGAGAAACACCGGGAGAAAAGGCUGAAGGAGAAGGCGGCGCGAAGAGAAGCAAGCAGACGGGCUAAAGAGGAGAAGAAGAAGGCUGGCGUUGGGGUGGAAGAUGAUGAGGAGGAGGAGGAGGAGGAAGUGGUGGCGUACCUGUCAGGUGCUGAUGAAGAGUUUGACCCCAGCACGCUACCCGACCCUGACAAAGUGCGCGUUUCAGAGGAUGAAGAUGAAGAAAGCAGCGAUGGCCCUGAGCUUGCGGGGAGGAAGAGGACCCACAGCAGUAGUGAAGACGACGAUGAUGAUGGACACUGGGCUACAGGAAGGAAAAAGGCCAAGCAGCACAGCUCAGAACCUGAGCCUCUGGACACUGGUCUCUCACUGGCGGAGGAUGAGGAGUUGGUGCUGCACUUGCUGGGAGGCCAGAGUUAGUUCACUUCCACCAAACACUGUGGCCACAGCUUCCCUCAGCUCACACUUCAUGUUUAAUGGACUCAAAUGAUGUUUUGUGUGUCUCAUGCAUUUCUACGUUGUGGGAUUAGAUUUUGUGAAAUAAAAUUUAUGACGACACAUUUUAGUCAUCUAA